AUGUCUAGUUCUCCGCGACGAUGGCUCUUCAUCUUUUUUCCGAUCCUUACAUUUUGCUUCAUAUACUAUAUCAAUCGACUGCCUGAAUCCAACACGAAAGCCUUGAAUAAUCCCGAACAAGUUCUUCAAGAUGGUGGGGAAAAAAUUGUGGUAGGAGAGGAGAAGCAGACAAGUCCUCCUUCGCCUCCUCCGUCCAAAGAGGAGAUUUUAGAGGAUAAAUGCGGCCACUUACUACACAAACUCGACGAUGUCAUGGUCGUAAUCAAAACUGGCGCGACCGAAUCCCUUGAAAAAGUCCCCAUCCACCUCCGAACCACGCUAGAAUGUGUCCCACACUUCGCCAUCUUCUCCGACUACGAAGAAACCAUCAACGGUGUCCACACCUAUGAUGUCCUCCGCAACAUUAGCGAGUCAACAAUGAAAAAAGAGCCCGAAUUCGAAAUCUAUCGCCGUUUACAAGAAGUCGGACGCGAGGGUUUAACAAAAGAAGAAUGGGGUGACGACACAAAUGGCCCAUUAGGAAAGGUCAACAACCCAGGCUGGAAGCUUGACAAAUGGAAAUUCCUCCCAAUGAUUGACGAAGCACUAGAAGUCAUGCCCAACGCCAAGUGGUACGUCUUCCUUGAAGCCGACACCUAUAUGGUGUGGCCGAACCUGAUCAACUGGCUGGCACACCUCAACCCAGACCGAAACUACUACCUGGGUAGCCCGAUGCAAAUCGGCGAAACUCUCUUCGGCUACGGCGGGGCGGGGAUUGUCCUUUCCAGCUGGACGAUGAACCUCCUGCACGAGCACCGGAUAGGGGCAAAGGAAGAUCUCGAAGCGAUGACCGCACAGGAAUGGGCAGGCGACUGCGCGCUGGCGCGAGCGCUGCACGACUUAAACGUCGAUCUGAUCUGGGCGUGGCCGAUGAUGACGACGUCACGACCAUGGGAAAUCGACCAUUUCUCCGAGGGAUACGGGCGACAGCCGUGGUGUUACCCUGUCAUUUCAUAUCACCACAUGGCGCCGAGGGAUAUUGAGGAGAUGUGGGAGUUUGAUCGGGCAUUCUUCGCCAGCGGGAAGAACGCACUCAUGCUACAUGCCGACGUUUACCAGAAGCUGGUCUACGAUGGGACUUUCUCGGCUCGCGACGAUUGGGAUAACCUCUCUGGAGUCCAGAUAGAUUUUCCGGCUGGCACGAUUCCUACGCUUGAUGUUUGUGCGGAGGUGUGCGCGCACAACGACGAUUGUUUGCAGUAUUCGUUUAAUCGUAUCGAGGGUGUAUGCAAGCAUGCGUCUACUACCUUUGCGGGUGUUGCUACCAAUGGCACGCAGUCUGGUUGGAUUACAACUCGUGUGAACAAGCUUCUCAAGGCAUUCCAGUCUUCAUGUCAUGAGGUGCAGUAUAUCUUCGAUUGA